CAGCGAGUUUGAUCUCUCUUAAACACCGUAGUUAAUGCAUCUCCAGCAAGAACACACACACGCAUGGGGGGAGAGAGAGAGAGAGAGAGCAUAAAGGGGAUAUAACUUUUAUGUCUAAUUUUAGGGAGAUCAAGUUUGGUUGGAAAAUUGUAGUUGGCUCAAUAGUUGGAUUCUUUGGUGCAGCAUUGGGUAGUGUGGGAGGCAUUGCUUGCCUUGAUCAUUGGUUUUGAUCCCAAGUCUUCCACUGCCAUUUCUAAGUGUAUGGUAAUGGGUGCUGCAGGUUCAACAGUAUACUUCAAUUUGAGACUUAGGCACCCAACACUGGACAUGCCCCUUAUAGAUUAUGAUCUAGCAUUGCUCUUUCAGCCAAUGCUCAUGCUAGGCAUCAGCAUAGGAGUUGCCUUCAACGUCAUGUUCGCCAACUGGAUGGUCACAGUUCUACUUAUCAUUCUCUUCUUAGGUACAGCAGCAAAAGCUUUAAUGAAGGGCAUAGAAACAUGGAAGAAAGAGACAAUGAUGAAGAAGGAAGCAGAAAAGCAGUUGGAAUCGGAGUCCAAACCUGGCGUUGCAGAGGGUUCUGGAGAAGACUAUAAACUGCUACCUAGUGGUCCAGCUUCAUUGCCAGAUGAGCAGGUAAGUUCCAAGAACAUUCUAAGCCGGUAUUCUUUUGCAACUUCUUUGUUAUCUGCAAUUUUUAAGUGGUUUCAGCUUUUGUUCUAUUGAUAGGAUGAGCAGCUCUAUGCAGGUGCCUAUGAUAGAAUUCAUAGAUUUUUGGAUGUGUUUUUGGAGAGAAAUGAGAGAGCGUUGCUCUCUGUGUAAGAACAGAAAAAGAAAUUGAAAGAAAAAAAUGAAGUCAGCUGUAUUUCAUUGUAUAUCAAAAAAGAGAUAUAUCCGUUGAGGAGAGAGAAGUGAGAUUCUUCUCUAACUGCCUCAAUACAAAACUCAAUCCUAGCCAUUGAACUAUCAUCCUAUAAGAUGAUUACACUUGUCUCACUCUAAACCCUCACUUAAAGAGCCACUUGGAUUCUAAUCCAAGGGUCCUUAUUACAAGCAGCAGAAACUAAAGUUUUUAAAAGAAAAUCUAAACAACAGAAACAUUUAAGUGGACUGGAAAUAGGCGGCAAAGAGGAUUUUUGGCUCAGCUCAAAGGGUUACACAUCAACACUCCCUUCUAACCCUUUGACUGAUUUAACUCCAAGCAAAUCUCUGAGGUACACAAAACGUUCCUUGGAUAAAGCCUUGGUUAGAAUGUCUGCAAUUUGAUCUUCAGAUUUGCAGUAGAUUAGCUCAAUUUCCUUUGCUUGGAUAGCUUCUCGGAUGAAAUGAA